CCCUUCCCUUCUCAGAUUCGCUUUCAGUUUGUCCCUUCCUCCUUUUCGAAUUUUCUCUCUUUUCGAUCCCCCUUUUAGCAAAUACAGAAGUGAAUAAUAUUCCCUUUCGUUGAAUCCGUCCUCGCUCCAACCUUCUAGGGUUUUUCAACCAUUUCAGCUUCAAAAUGUUUGCUUUUGACUCAAAAUUUUCGGUCUCUUUUGUGGCUUUUCAGUAAUUUUGCUCGAAACUCGGCCUUCCACUGCAAAAUGAUUCUAUACGCCUUGGUCGUCUUUGAAUUUUCCCGGUUUUCAACGCUGCGGCGGCUGCGAAGUGUGGGCAUCUGUGGGUGAUUCUAUCAAUUUCAGCUCGUCUCUUGCCUUGAUAGUUAAUAAAAUUUUUGGGUUUGACGUUGAAUGUUGUGUGUGCAUCUUUGGGUGAUUUUAUCAUGUUCAGUUCAGAUGUUGUCUUCAUAGUUGAUAUUUUCAGUUUUGAUGUUGAAGAUUGGUGAUAUAUAGUGUAUCUCUGUAGAAAUACCGUGGAAUUUUGUAAUAAUUCUUGUGGAAGAAAUGGAGGAGGGAGGGAAUUGGAGAGAAAUGGUGACCAAGAUGCUGCCACCAGGAGCUUCUCUCCCAGACGAAGUAUCCGAUCUCGAUUACUCCAUAGCUAUAGAGUACGAGGGCCCUCCCGUGUCCUACAAGCUCCCGACAGUCGAACCCCUUGAUGUAAAUUCAUCUGCAAUUCCAACUGCAUCAAUUGCAGAAACCCUUUCUGAAUCGCAGAGAUCGGUGUCUCUCACUGGUGCCCCUGUAAUUGAACCCAUUCCGUUGCCCGUAUCUUGUAUUGCUGGUGUCACCAGUUCUCCAGCACAAAGUCCGAGGGUUUCUGGGAGCUCGGAGUCAGUAGUGUCAGUUUUGCAGAACCCUGAUUUUUCCUCAGCGUCGCCCUCGGUGUCACCGGGUUCGGUCCACAAUCCUCAGAGUAAUGCUACUAAACAGGUGGUGAGUGAGGUGAAGAGGGUGCCUGUGGUCACAUUUAAUACUGUUGAUAGAUCGGAGAGGAAAGUGGUAGAAGUGGAGAAGCCCGUUUUUGCUGAGUAUGUUGGGGUUUCGAAGGGGAAGAGGGAGAGGAAGAAAAAGAGAGUUUGUUACAGGUGUGGAAAGGGAAAGUGGGAAACGAAAGAGGCCUGUCUGGUUUGUGAUGCCAAGUAUUGCAGCAGUUGCUUGCUUAGGGCUAUGGGGUCAAUGCCUGAAGGGCGUAAGUGCGUGACCUGCAUUGGCGAGCCAAUUGAUGAAUCGAAGCGGUUGAAAUUGGGAAAACAUUCAAGGUUGUUAUCUAGAUUGCUCAGUCCUUUGGAAGUCAAGCAGAUAAUGAAAGCAGAGAAAGAGUGUUCUGCAAAUCAGCUUCGACCUGAGCAAUUGAUUGUGAAUGGAUUCCCUUUGAAGCCAGAAGAAAUGGCUGAAUUACUUGGAUGUGCUUUACCUCCCAGAAAGUUGAAGCCUGGUAGAUAUUGGUAUGACAAGGAAUCUGGCCUUUGGGGCAAGGAGGGAGAGAAACCCGAUAGAAUCAUAAGUUCGAACUUGAGUUUCUCCGGGAAACUUAGUCCUGAUGCGAGUAAUGGAAACACUGAAGUUUACAUCAAUGGCCGAGAAAUUACAAGACUGGAACUGAAAGUGCUAAGGCUGGCAAGUGUACAGUGUCCACGGGACACACAUUUCUGGGUCUAUGAUGAUGGCCGUUAUGAGGAGGAAGGUCAGAAUAAUAUCAGGGGAAAUAUCUGGGAAAAGGCAUCAACUCGGUUCGUCUGUGCCUUGUUUUCCUUGCCAGUGCCCCAUGGUCAACUUCAAGGACUGAGAGAUGAGGCUAGCAAUUAUACUACUGUCCCAAAUUAUCUAGAGCAGAGAAAGGUUCAGAAGCUUCUCCUAAUUGGACCUCAUGGCUCUGGAACCAGCACUAUAUUCAAGCAGGCCAAAUUUUUGUAUGGGAACAGGUUUAGUGCUGAAGAAUUGCAGGAUAUUAAGUUAAUGAUUCAAAGCAACAUGUACAGAUAUUUAAGCAUUUUGCUUGAUGGUCGGGAGCGCUUUGAGGAGGAAGCAUUAUCAAAGCUGAAAGCAUCAGAUUCCCAGGAUCAAAUUGCUGAAGCAGGUGAAGAGCUUGAGUCCAGCGAAGCUAGUCAGUGUAUCUACUCUAUCAACCCCAGGUUGAAGCAUUUCUCUGACUGGCUCCUGGAUAUCAUAGCAACUGGAGAUCUGGAUGCUUUCUUCCCUGCAGCAACUCGGGAGUAUGCUCCAUUAGUUGAAGAGGUGUGGAAGGAUCCUGCCGUACAGGAAACAUAUAAAAGAAAGGAUGAGCUUCACUUUCUUCCAGAUGUUGCUGAGUAUUUCUUAAGCCGGGCUGUUGAGGUCUCAAGCAAUGAAUAUGAACCUUCAGAGAGGGACAUACUAUAUGCAGAAGGGGUCACACAAGGGAAUGGUUUGGCUUUCAUAGAAUUCUACCUCGAUGAUCGUAGUCCAAUGUCUGAAACCUACACAGACAAUCAGGAAGCUCCAUUGCAGCCUGUGACUAAAUACCAACUUAUAAGGGUAAAUGGCAAGGGAAUGAGCGAGGGUUGCAAGUGGGUGGAAAUGUUUGAAGAUGUUCGAGCUGUCGUGUUCUGUGUUUCCCUAAGUGACUAUGAUCAAAUGUCAAUUGGCACAGAGAACAGUGGGAGCGGAACCCAGCUUCAAAACAAGAUGAUGCAAUGCAAGGAGCUUUUUGAGACAAUGGUGAGGCACCCAUGCUUCAAGGAGACUCCUUUUGUUUUGAUACUGAACAAGUAUGAUGUGUUUGAGGAGAAGGUGAAUCGGGUACCUCUAAGUAGUUGUGAAUGGUUCAACGAUUUCAGUCCUGUCCGGCCCCAUCACAACAACCAGUCUCUAGCCCACCAGGCUUACUACUACAUUGCAAUGAAGUUCAAAGACCUUUAUGCUUCCCUCACAAGUCAAAAGCUAUUUGUGGCCCAAGCUAGGGCAAGGGACAGAGUAACCAUAGACGAGGCAUUCAAGUAUAUAAAGGAGGUUCUCAAGUGGGAUGAUGAGAAAGAGGAGACCUACUACGGGGGAGUGGAGGAUUCCUUUUAUAGCACAGACAUCAGCUCCUCGCCUUUUAUUAGGCAAGAGUGAAGUGAUUUCAAUGCCUUAACUUGUAUCUGCUAUAUAGAUAGGGAAGUAAAAGGAAAAGUGCCUGCUGUUCUUAUUACAUGCUUUUUGGAAUAAGGCUUAUUUUUUGGGAAAACUGAAAUUAAUGAUACAUAUAUGGGUGGGUGGUCUUCAAGUGGAAUGUGUUUGUGGGGGCUUGUGAUUUUUGAUGGGGAAGAGUGUUUAUCCGCAAGUUCCCAAUGGUGAUGGUGCCCACCAGCCUGGAAGACCAUUUUACUUUGUGAAAGAAAAUGCAGCAAGCUUCGCACAAUUGUUCUGUUAUUGCUUUCUUAAGUUGUGGAGUCAUAUGCAGAAAAUGAUUCAUAUAAAUGUAUAUUUGGUCAUCUCUUUCACCGUUG